ACGUGACAUGACGUAGCGUUGAUUGAAAAUUCAAAAGCGAAGAAAGUUCAAGAAGCAAAAAUGAGAGAGAAAGAGAGAGAAACAGUAUGGAAAGCAAGAAUAGGAGUAGUAUUCAGUAUUUCUUAGCACGAGUGAGUAGAGUGUAGUCACUAGCACUAUCGCCAAUGGCAAUGUAGUGUUGGCCAGCACUAGAUCUAGAAAGGUGUUCAGUAUUUCUUCAACCACUGCCAUCAGAUUGUAUACUAGCAUUUGUGGAAAGAAAAAAGGCGUUCGUCGUCGACAAUGGAUGUUUGAAAGUAGGCGACAGGCAGGCCUGCUUGUAUCAAACCUACGCCCGUGUUCUUUCCGAAGUACUGUCUUCACAGCUGUUUCUGAAUCGAAUCAAUCUACAAGAUGUUUCAGAGGCGUCGCGGUGGACGUGGCGGGCUUGGUCUGCUGCUCCUACUAGGUCAAAUUGUUCAGAUGGGUGGCUUUUCAGGAGUGCCCGCUGCCACUCUGGGCCUGGUUGGCGUGAACGCGUACGUGUUUCUUCGCCCGUUUUCGCUGCCCUGGCACGUCACGCAGGCGAAUGUGAAUGUGUACGACGUGUGGUACAUGCACGACUGGAAGCGGCUGUUCCUCGCACCCUUCUUUCACGGUGACGAAUGGCAUCUCUAUUACAAUAUGGCGUCGUUCCUGUGGAAAGGCAAGACACUGGAGCCGGCGCUGGGCACGCCGGCCUUUCUCCUUCUGAACGCCGUGUUUGUAGGUUUGACCAGCAGUGUAUACGUUGCUCUCAAGUACGCGUGGUCGUUAAUGCAGCCGCAUCAAGCGUUUCAAAUCCUGCACCAAGGCGCGGUCGGCUACUCGGGUGUGAUCUUUGCACUGAAGGUGCUGACCACGCGCCGCAUGCCGUCCACGUCGCGCAUCGCCGUGUUUGGAUUCCUCUCCGUGCCUGCUCGCCUUGCCGUCUGGGUGGAGUUGUUUGUCAUAUCUCUCAUCAUGCCGAAUGCGUCUUUCUUAGGUCACCUGGCCGGUAUUCUAGUUGGUCUUGCCUACGUCAAGCUUGACGGAGACAACCUGCUGCGCAAGAUCAUGAAUGCUGUGCUAGGCAGGGGGCAAGGCCUGCGAUGGCAGCAACGCCGACCUGGAAAUGGUGGAGGCCGCAGUCGUACAGAGCCAGACUCUGACGAUGAGCGUUACACGGCCGAAUACAGUGCAGCGCUGGCAGCAAGCCUGUCUCCCGCAGACCGCGAGGUGCAGACGCGAGCACGCACGGCCGCCCUGUCACGCUACGAGCAGCAGAACAGAAUAGGCUUGCCGCCGCUCAGUACGAGUACCCGUCACCGUGGGACGCGAUCGUCGGCACAUGACAAUGCCCCGGCCGUCACUACCACUGCACCUCCCGACGCAGGCUACUCUACCGGCAGUGUUAAUGAUGGCGGCAACAGCCCACGUCGGCCAGCAGCCUACGCACGCUCCCACUCCGGCUUUGACCAGGACGACAUGGAUCUGGCCAUGGCUAGCAGCCUGUCGGAAGCCGAGCACACACCGUCUACGUCAACCCAGUCCUCCGUCAAUGCGGAGUGUGACCCGCUGGUACAAGAAGCUAUCUUACAGAGUCUGGAUGGGAACAGAUCUAAUGCAAGAUCUGGUGACGUGCCGAACUCUAUAGGCUUUGAUGGUGUGCAGCAUCAUGCGUCCGAAGGCAUCCGUCCGUCAGCACCCCUGGAGGAAGAUUGCUCACUGCCUGAGGUUGUACCACAAUCAGAGACACAUGAUGUUAGCUGGUCUACACCGGCUGAUACACAACCACCUGGUAGCACCAGAUUAGAUAGAGACAACGACUCUUCCGUAAGAGAAGCCAGGUUGAGACGUUUUCAGCGUUAGCGGCUAGGUGUCUGUGGCGAGGCCAGUGUUCUCAGGAAAAGGGCAGAAGAGUGUGCAGGGCCGACGUAGGCCGUCUCUUUGCCUAUCUCUCUCUCUCCCCCCCCCCCCCCCCCCCCCCCCCCUCUCUCUCUCUCUUUCUCCCUUUCUCCAUCUGUUUAUGGAUAGGCAUGUCUGUUGUUAGGAAUUGGUUUGGAAUAUCUUUUGAGCACUUGAAGAAUUGACUUGAUGUUCUGUUGCCUAUCAGGUCUCAGCCGAAACACACUGCAAUUUUUUUAAAGAUAUGCUUUUUAUUUACUUGCUGGAGUGGUGUGUCACUGGUUUUUUUAUAGCUUUCUUGACUCUCUCUCUCUCUCUCUCUCUCUCUCUCUCUCUCUCUCUCUCUCUCUCUCUCUCUCUCUCUCAUACACACACACAUCCACACACACACACGCACGCGCACGCGCACCUUUUCAAGCUUUCAUAAUUAUUAUGCUCUUAUUUUCAGUGUGCGCUGCUUUUUUCCCUGCUUUCUCUGUGUAGCAAUGGUUGUUAGUGUUGUGUUGCUGGUGAACGAAUUGUAGCCUCUACCUAAAAUCCCACUAGUAUUUUUGUCCUUGUGAAUGUGUAGACCAGUCUUCUUUUUGUUCCCUCUCGUUGGUCCUAUAGGUGGAUCCUCGUCACAUCUGUGUUGAAGUGGCUAUGUGCUUGCUCUCCAACCAGGACUAGGACAAACUUGGUGGCAUUUGAACACAUACCCAGAAUUAAUGGCAACACGAAAAGUCGAAAAUUUCCCUGUUGGCCUUGGUUGGGCUGCCACUUU